AUGCAAAACUUGAAUUCAACCAUCAGCAGCAACAGCACCACCACCAACCUUACCUCUUCGUCUUCCUCCUCCUCUUCGAUCCAUCCUGCGGAUAAUCAUAGUGAUGAUGAAAAUACUGUCUUUGAACUUUUUCAUAUUGCCACGGUUUGCAAAAAUGUCAUUCAAGAUGGCGAACGUUUGAUUGUGAGAGAGAAUCGACAGAAACCUCUCACUCCCGAACAACAUGCUCAUCUCGUACAGACGUGUGUCAUGUCCAUGUGGAAUGGUCCUCAACAUGUUCCAUGUCUUUCAAAAUUGAAUUUAUAUCAACGAAAAUCUGAAUUGGAAUUAAUGAAUGAGAGAGGAGAAGAGAAUCGGGAGGUUUUUCAUGCUCGUUCAAGUAGAGCUUCCAUGAACAAAUCGAAUUGGCAAUUGAACCCGGAAUUUAUUCAUUCACCUUCAACGAGAGAAUUCAUCUUUCAAGAAAUUGAAAGCUGUCACAAGUCAAGUGAUGAAUUUAAUGAGAAAUUUAAAGAAUAUCAUGAAUUAGUGAAUAAUGACUGGAUGAUGAAUGGAACCUUUGCUAAAACAUUUCCAAAAGUCGUGGAAAAUUUGAGCCAAGUCGACAAUUAUGAUUCAAAAACUCUUUCUUCAAUGACUUUUCAUCUUCGUGACAAAUUCCUUUCUAAAUUCAAAUCCUCUUCUUCUUCAUUAAGUUCUUCAAAGAAACAACAAUUGGAUGAUCUCUCAAAACACUAUUACCCACAAGAGAGACAAGAAUUAGAAGAAUGCAUUCAAAGACAUGUGUUGUCGUCCACAACAUCAAAUAAUACUUCAUUAUCCAACACAAACACUUCAACACAUAGUACUGACACUUUCACUUCCUUUCAUUAUCCAAACUUUUUAGAAGAUUGCAAAUUGCCAAUCAAUCGAUUCUAUUUCAAAACUUCGACGCAAUAUUGUAAAAAACAUUUCAUGAAUUGUGUAGAGAAAUCGGGUGAGACUCUGAAUCGGUUGUCCAUUUUACAAUCGAUGGAUUGUGCAUCGAGUCAUCACUCGUCUGAAGAAAUUCAAUGUAAGAAUGAAUUUUUGCAAUAUUUUGGAGAAUUGAUUCAGGAAAAUGUUGAUUUAGUUCGAAGAGGUUCUGGAGAGACCACAACAACUCAUGUUCCAGGUGUGGGAAAUGUGAUUGAGUAA